AUGACGUCGCCCACUGACGUUUUUGCCAAUGUGACGCAGGCCGCCUCGGCCAAUGCCACCCAACUCCUGCGGGAGUUGCCCUACCUAAGGAAGCUGGACGAGGGCCUGUACAACGACUACUACGGCCUGUGGAUCGCCCUGCUGGUCAUCAACCUGCUCAUCUUCGGCGCAGGCGUGGUCCUCAACAGCCUGGCACUCUAUGUCUUCUGCCUGCGCACCAUGCCUAGGAGCUCGUCGGUGGUGUACACCAUCAACCUGGCAGUGACGGACCUCCUGGUGGGCCUGUCUCUGCCCGCCCGCAUUGGCCUCUACUACAGCGGCGGGGCGUGUCUGGCCUGCUCCUACAUCCACACCUUCAGCUACUUCGUCAACAUGUACUGCAGCAUCCUCUUCCUCACCUGCAUCUGCGUGGACCGCUACCUGGCCAUCGUGCAGGCAGAGGCCUCGCGGCGCUGGCGGAGCCCGGCCUUGGCCCGUGGUGCCAGCGCCUGCAUCUGGGCCGUCGCCAUCGUGGUCACCUACUCGUCCCUCAGCUCGGCGCUGACCGACCCGUCCUGCUGCCUGUCGCGGCUCUUUGCCCUGACUGUCUUUGAGUUCCUACUGCCGCUGGCAGUGAUAGUGGCGUUCACGGCACGUGUGGCAUGGGCGCUGGCGCACCCGAGGCUCAUGCCGAGGAGCCGCGAGAGGCGCAUGCGGGCGGUACAGCUGCUGGUGACCGUGCUGGUCAUCUUCACUGUCUGCUUCACGCCGUUCCAUGCCUGGCAGGCAUUGGUGCACUUCCAGCCCGAGCUACCGCACCGCGUGGCUACUUACCACGCUACUGUCACCCUCAGCAGCCUCAACAGCUGCCUGGACCCCAUUGUCUACUGCUUUGUCACCAACAACUUCCGUGCAGCGGUGCGGGGCGUGUGCCGCCGUGCUGAGGCCGAGCCAGGCAGCGGCGAAGCGGUCAGCAUGCAGAGGAGCUCCAAGGGCUCGGGGACAGUGGCGGCCACCGCCCGCGGAGCCAUGACGGGGAAUCCCAAUGGUGCGUCACACAGUAGUGUGCCUGCAUGA